AAUCUAAUUUUUUCCACAAUCAUUUAUUUCUUCAAUAUAGGUCAGGUUGCCCAUUCUAGGUUUAAAGAUUUAUCUUGUCUUUAUCAGUUAAUUAAAGCAAGGUUUGCAACACAACUUCUUAAUUAGUGUAAAAAUCUCCUUAAAGAAAAUGGUGAAAAAAAGGGCAAAUGAAGGAGUUCACCAUUCUUUUGGAUCUAAAAUGUGAACAAUUUAUUAAGAAAGCGAAACAAAUUGCAUAUAGCAGACAGUUAUGCAUUUUCCAAGGUUUUGCAAAGGUGAUUUCACAUUGAUAUCACUGAAGUGUCUCACUAAAAGCAUUCAGGCAUCACACCUGCCAGUGUGCAGCAGUCACAGACUGUUAACCUCAAGAUCUGGAAGUGUCUGUGAGUCAACGAAGCUUCACAAACGCUACCACUGUCUGCCUUUGUCAAAGUUCAGCUACAUAAAGAGCACUUUAACUUCAUCUUGGUGAUCAUAAGAUUCACUGAAAAUUCAAGCACUGCAUCCUGCCACUGGCUCAAAGACACCUGCCAGAAAAUGACCCUGCAGCCAUUAACUCCAGUGAACUGUGCAGCCCUUCUGCAGCCCGGCUGCUCUCUUCUGCAGCUGGAUGGUGAAGUUCUGCUGUUUGGCCAGAAGGGUUGGCCUAAGCGCUCAUGUCCAACAGGAGUAUUUGGUGUACGGUUUAAACGUGGCGAGAUGAAGCUGAGGGCCAUCUCGUUCUCCAAUGACUCGUGCUACCUGCCCCCAUUACGCUGCCCAGCUGUUUGCCGCCUCGACCCCUAUGAUGGGCUUCCAGAGAGUUACCUCAUCCACGGUGGUCGCACCCCAAAUAAUGAGAUCUCAUCAAGCUUGUACCUGUUGACCAUGGAUAGUCGUGGUUGCAAUCGUAAAUUAACGCUCCGCUGCAAAGAGAAGGAACUAGUGGCAGAAGUGCCAGGACCUCGAUAUGGCCACACAAUGAGCAUGGUCCAAAGUCGUGGGAAGACAGCUUGUGUGUUGUUUGGGGGUAGGUCCUACAUGCCCUCAGGAGAAAGGACCACCGAGAGCUGGAACAGUGUUGUAGACUGUCCACCUCAGGUGUUCCUCUUUGACCUGGAGUUUGGCUGCUGCUCUGCUCACACUUUACCUGAGCUUAGUGAUGGACAGUCUUUCCAUCUGGCCCUUGCUAGAGAAGACUGUGUCUACUUCAUUGGAGGCCACUCACUUGCCUCAGACUCACGUCCACCUCGUCUGUUUCGCCUGCAUGUUGAGCUUUUGCAGGGCAGCCCGUUGCUUUCCUGUGAAACCCUAGACAAUGGUUUAUCUAUCUCUAGUGCCAUCUUUACUCGUACGGGACCCACUCAUAGAUACAUCAUCUUAGGUGGAUAUCAGUCAGACUCCCAAAAGAGGAUGGAGUGCACUACUGUGAUUCUAGAUGAGAAAGGAAUCCACUUUGAGCCCGUAGAAACACCCAAGUGGACCCCAGAUAUCAUCCAUAGUCGCACUUGGUUUGGUGGCAGCUCUGGAGAGGGAAGCAUCCUACUAGCUGUGCCCACAGAGGGAAGGCCAUCCCAACAAGAUAUGCAUUACUUCUACCAGGUGAACUUCCAGACAGAGGGAGAGACCAGAGAGGAAGACGGAACCCUUGGCUGCAGCCAGGAGUCAACAGAUUAUGAUGACUCCACUCCUCUUGAAGAUUCUGAGGAGCUCUACUUCGGCCGUGAACCACAUGAGUUGGAUGGCAGCAGUGACGGAGAAGGGGACGCUUACAAUGAAGAGGAUGAAGAGGAUGAAUCACAAACAGGUUAUUGGAUAAAAUGCUGCCUUGGCUGUCAGUUGGAUCCCAACACAUGGGAGCCAUACUACUCCACAGAGCUCCACCGACCAGCCAUGAUCUUUUGCUCCAGAGGGGAAGGGGGCCACUGGGUGCACGCCCAGUGCAUGGAGCUGUCUGAGACCCUGCUGCUGAAACUCUCUCAAGGCAGCAAGAAGUACUUCUGCUUGGACCACGGAGGCCUGCCCUACCAGGAGAUGACCCCACCUCGACAUAUCAUACCCCUGAAGCGCAUCACCAUGAAAGCUAAAGACAAAAAAAGACCUCUGACAAUCAAGAUGUCCCCUGCUAAAAAGAGCUUUUUCAGACGGCUGUUUGACUAACUCAGAUUUUCAUAUCAUGUGUGCCUCUUAAGAAAACUUUGUAUGCUUAGGAUGUUUUUUCCACCCUAACAGUAAUCUAACUACCUUAAAGUGCUCACUGAACAUGAUCAAGUCACAAGCCAUGUUUAAGUUAGAUCACAUGACUAGUUAUUGAACAGACAAACACUCACACCUACUUGAUUUAUUUUUGAGUUAAAUUAACAGUUUACAGUUUGUGAAGAUAUGCAACAUUUCCCUUCAUUACUGAAUGUUUCUGUUGUGAUUUCAUGUUGUGCAACAAAAAUGCAGUUUUAUUUUUUAUCAGCUGUGAAAAGGUUCAUUCUGUUUGUAUCUUUCUUUCAUAAGUAUAUUUUAAGUACCACAGAUCCACUUUCUUCAAAGUGCAGAUGGAGCUGAAUUGUUUUUGCAGUGUUUUGUACAAUAAAACUGACAAAUCCUUAAUAAAAUUUGUGAUUUUCAGUCUAAAA